UUCCGUUUUGUAAAAUGGCGGCGUGAAAAGGGCCCGGCAUUUAAUUUUGAAAAAGACAGAUUGCUAUUGCGUAACGUUUUAAUUCAACGGAUUAUUGGGGCUUUUAGUGACUAUUUCAAGAAAGUAAAGGUAUCAGUACUGACAUGGCGAAGAGGAUUGCAGACAAGGAGCUGACAGAUCGAAACUGGGAUCAGGAGGAUGAAUCUGAGGAGGCAGGGACAUUUUCCGUGGCCAGUAUGGAUGUGAUGAAAAACAGACCUAUCAAGAAGGCCAAACGUCGCAAUUUGGGUGGAGAGAGUGAGGGAGGCACUUCGUUUAAGGGAUUCAAGGGCUUUGCCCUCUCCGCGUCUGGACCGGCGGCGACAGCAGCAGCAGCCCCCACCUUCUCCGGCUUUGGAAAUGGUGCCAGCUUCAAGCCCCUGGCUGGCCUGACCAAUGGCAACGGCAGCAGCACCAGUGGAGGCUCUGCCCUGGCCGCCCCAGCCUUCGGCAGCUUCUCCUCCCCUGGUGCCACCAAGCCCUCUACCACCCUUGGCUCAUUGACAUUCAACGGCCCCUCCUCCGCGGCCCCCCCAUUGGCUGUGGGCGGUGAGCGACAGUGGAACGGCUCCGCCUCCGGGCCGACAGGAGCAGCAGUGAGCGUGGGCAGCAGCAGCAGCAGCAGCAGCAGCAUUAACAGCAGCAGCAGCGCAGAGUACAGGCGGCAGCUCACCGCGCUCAACUGCUCCGUGCGCGACUGGAUCACCAAGCACGUCAAUGACAACCCGCUGUGCGACCUCAACCCCAUCUUCCGCGACUAUGAGCGGCACCUGGCCAGCAUCGAGAAGAAGUACGGCGGAGGAGGAGGAGGAGGCGGCGGCGGCGUGGGGGGGGCUGGCGCCACGGCAACCGGGCCCCCGGCAUCCGAUGCCAAGAGUGAGGCUGCACCGGCGGAGGGGGUGAAGACUGGGGGACUGCAGCUGACCAGCAGCGGCGGUAGCUCCACAGCUGUCUCCACCUCCAGCAGUGGCACCGCAGCCCCGUCUCUCUUCAGCUUCAGCAAGGACGCCUCCAGCUCCACCACCACCACCACCUCCUCCUCCUCCUCCACCCCUGCCUCCUUGCCCUCUGGGGUCACCUUUAACUUCGGCCAGAAGGUGGACUCCUCCGUCCUGUCCUCAUUCCCCCCCGGCGGAGGAGCGCCCAGCUUCUCCUUCUCCACCUCUUCAUCUGCAUUGUCCUCCUCCUCCUCCUCCACCCCCUCCCUCUUCGGUGGUCUGAGCUCGAGCAGCGGCAGCGGAGGAGCGGCUGCCCCCUCGGCGCCCUUCUCCUUCAGCCUGGCCAAGACUGAGGCGCCCAGUGCUGCUGCGGCCCCCAGCACAGCAGAUGUUAACGGGGCAGAUGAGGACUCCGAGGAGCCGCCUGUUCCCGUGGUCAAAGAGAUCAAGGAGAAAGAUGCCUUCUACUCUAAAAAGUGUAAGCUGUUCUAUAAGAAGGAGAGUGAGUUUAAGGAGAAGGGGGUGGGCACGCUGCAUCUCAAGACGGUGGCCGAGGGCAAACUGCAGCUGCUGGUCCGUGCUGACACCAAUUUGGGAAACAUUCUACUGAACAUCAUGGUGUCAUCCAACAUGCCCUGCUCGCGCACAGGCAAGAACAAUGUGAUGGUGGUGUGCGUGCCGAACCCGGCGGUGGACGACAAGAACCCCAGCACGCCCGUGCCCAUGCUGAUCCGCGUCAAGACUGCGGAGGACGCCGACGAGCUGCACAAGCUCAUGCUGGAGAAGCGGGCCUGAAGAGCGCCGUCUCAGACUCUCUACCCCACCCCACUCACUCAUCCACCUACUGAA